GCACCCCGGGGCCCUCCACCUGCCGCGGGCGCCCAGGCGGGCGGGCAGGGUAGAGACCGCGCAAGAAGCAGGCGCCCAGGAGCCCACAUCCCCCAGUCUUCACUCUGCGCAGAGAAGCGACGCCCUCCAGCACCCAAAGCCCCGGAGCUCCCUGCACCCGGUCCCCAAGUUCAGGGGCAACACCCCUCAAAAAACAGGCUCUCUCUCGUGGUGAGCAAUACUCCAGGCGCUUCUGCUGCCGGCAUCCCAGGAGCUCUCCCGGGUCCCCGGAGACCGCUUGCCCACCCCCGGCCCCCGCCUUGGCCCGCGCCGGGCCAUGCCGGGGCUGCGCCGGGACCGCCUGCUGACCCUGCUGCUGCUGGGCGCGCUGCUCUCCGCCGACCUCUACUUCCACCUCUGGCCGCAAGUGCAGCGCCAGCUGCGGCCCCGGGAGAGCCCGGCCGGCUGCCCGUGCGCCGGUCGCGCCUCUUCCCUGGACCUGGACUCGGCCGCCGCCCCCUCGGCUCCCCGCACGGUGGUGCACAACUUUUCCCAUGCCCGGCUCCGGGCUGAGACAGGCGGGGCCCGCCCGCGCGGCCCGAGCUCCAAGCUGCAGGCCCUCUUCGCCCACCCGCUGUACAACGUCCCGGAGGAGCCGUCUCUGCUCGGCCCGGAAGACUUGCUCCUGGCCAGCCAGGAGGCGCUGCGGUAUUACCGGAGGAAGGACGACAGAAGCUAUACAAAGAGCAGAUGAACCUCACUUCCCUGGACCCCCCGCUGCAGCUCCGACUCGAGGCCAGCUGGGUCCAGUUCCACCUGGGUAUCACACGCCACGGGCUGUACUCCCGGGCCAGUCCUGUCGUCAGCAAACUCCUCCAUGACAUGAGACACUUUCCCACCAUCAGUGCUGAUUACAGUCAGGACGAGAAAGCCUUGCUUGGGGCAUGUGACUGCAGCCAGAUCGUGAAACCCAGCGGGGUCCACCUCAAGCUGGUGCUGAGGUUCUCAGACUUCGGGAAGGCCAUGUUCAAGCCCAUGAGACAGCAGCGAGAUGAAGAGACGCCCGCGGACUUCUUCUAUUUCAUCGACUUUCAGAGACACAAUGCUGAGAUCGCCGCCUUCCAUCUGGACAGAAUUCUGGACUUUCGACGGGUGCCCCCAACAGUGGGGAGGCUAGUGAAUGUCACCAAGGAAAUCCUAGAGGUCACCAAGAAUGAAAUCCUGCAGAGUGUUUUCUUUGUGUCCCCAGCCAGCAACGUGUGCUUCUUCGCCAAGUGUCCGUACAUGUGCAAGACCGAGUACGCUGUCUGUGGCAACCCACACUUGCUGGAAGGCUCCCUCUCCGCCUUCCUGCCCUCGCUCAACCUGGCCCCCAGGCUGUCUGUGCCCAACCCCUGGAUUCGCUCCUACUCGCUGGCAGGAAAAGAGGAGUGGGAGCUCAAUCCCCUGUACUGUGACACAGUGAAGCAGAUCUACCCGUAUGACAGCAGCAACCGGCUCCUCAACAUCAUCGACAUGGCCAUCUUCGACUUCUUAAUUGGAAACAUGGACCGUCACCAUUAUGAGAUGUUCACCAAAUUUGGGGAUGAUGGGUUCCUCAUUCAUCUUGACAAUGCGAGAGGGUUUGGACGACACUCCCACGACGAACUCUCCAUCCUCUCGCCUCUCUCCCAGUGCUGCAUGAUCAAAAAGAAAACCCUUUUGCACCUGCAGCUGCUGGCCCAGGCCGACUACAGGCUCAGUGACGUGAUGCGAGAGUCCUUGCUAGGAGACCAGCUUGCUCCCGUCCUCACAGAACCCCACCUCCUCGCCCUCGACCGAAGGCUCCACAUCAUCCUGCAGACAGUGGAGGGGUGCAUAGAGGCCCAUGGGGAGCAGAGUGUCAUCGCCAGUGGCCCAGCAGAAAGACCAGCCCCAGACUCUGGCCAGGUUAACCUGACAAACUGAAGAUGGGAAGAGUCAACUUCACCGAAAGCACUGGAGCCAGCAGUAGCCUCCCAAGUGCAGAGGACGGCUUCCUCACUCCAGCUGGUAAUGCAAGGGGUCGAGUCUGGAGCUCAGGAAUGAGGUGGAACCUUUUCUGAAACAGCAAGCAUUUUCUGAACAUGACCUUUACUCCUUGGUGCGUUGUUUUUAUAGGGAAGUGCCUUGACUCCAACUUUCCCCGAAAGCACUGGCUCCAUCAAGGCCACGGACUACCUUCUGAACUCACUGAGCAAUCUGUACUUGGGUCUGGCGUGGAGGUUUGGAAGCCCUGUCCCCAGGAGAGAGUAUUCACUGUAACAGAUCAAAUAAAAGGACAUCGAGUGGA